AAUUGUAAGGUUAUUUUCUUUUGUUGACAGCUGUCAGUUUAACGACGAAUUGUAUUUGGAAUUAUGCAAGUUUUCGGCGUUAUUUAUAGUUGCAACGCGUCGCGUGCUCUGAACGCAGAAAUGCCUGUUUCAGCGUUAUAAGGAAUUUUAAACAUAUUACGACAUUGUUUAUUUAUUGUGGUUGGACGUUUGUUUGUGUUAGGAAUAUGGUGCCUCCCAAUCCCAUUCCCACUGUCGUCGAACCCGACGCAGAAAAUAGAAGUGUCACAGACAGUGUUGGGUCACAUUCAGAUGUGACUGCCCACACCAUUCACUCCAACAUGUCUAGGCAGCACAUGGAAGUUUGUUGUGUUAUUGAUAUAAGUUUGCUGGACAAAUACCUUAACAACCGAAAGAAAGCUCUGGAGGAGGUCAGACAAGCCUGUUUGCUUGUUGGUGCUAAGUUGAAUCACAUUCAGUUUGACAAAUUGGAUUUUGGAGAAGCGAACGUUGUGAGCACAUUUUACAACGCUGAUGUGGUGGUUAUAGACAUGUCUUUGGUAGCCCAACAACAUACAUUAUUUUAUCAUUUGGGCGUAAGGGAGAGCUUUAAUAUGAAGCAAAACAUACUCAUCUAUAACGAUGUGGACUCUGAGGUCACUCUCAGAUUGAAGCUGUCGUGCUGUAGUUAUCCAUUUAUUUCGUACACCUUAAAUGACGACCAAAGCUGUAUGACCACAAAUCCUAGCGGAAGAGGCGAGGAUCCAAUUGAAGUAUUCCACCAAAGACUGAAGAAAAUCUUACAGGACGUCGAAAUUCAAAGCAAGGAACACAUUAAGGAAAAAUUUACAUCGGACCUAAAAAAACUGGUGGAACAAAAGAAGGGCCCCGAAUUGCGAGAAGCGCUCCGUAACAUCAGAAAAAGGCUCGAUGAUCCGAACGUGCUUAGCGGCGAGGUUGUCCUCAAUAUGUUAUUCGCGUAUCGUGACGUCCAGGACUACGAUUCUAUGAUCCAUCUUGUCGAGGAUCUAAAGACGGUGCCGUCAUCGAAAAAAUACAUCAAUUCGUAUAUAUUGCAUUGGUAUGCGUUCGCCUUGAAUCGCAGGAAGGAGAAAGGCGACUGUGAAAAAGCGCUCGAAGUUUGCCUCAAUGCUCUCGAAAAGCAAGAAAAUCAUUUUCCGGAUAUGUUAUGUCUGUGCGGUAGAAUCUACAAAGAUAAAUUCAUUGAGUCGGAUCAUAAAGACACAGUAAGCCUUAAUCAGGCCAUCCAUUGGUACAGAAGAGGAUUUGACGUGCAGUCUAACGAAUAUGCAGGAAUUAAUCUUGCAACCCUCCUUGUCAUUGCGGGCGAGGAUUUCAGUAAAUCCGAGGAGUUACGCACAAUCGGAAUGGUUUUGAACAACUUGAUCGGUAAGAAGGGUUCUUUGGAGUCUUUGACGGAUUACUGGGAUAUUGCGACAUUUUUCGAAAUCUCCGUCCUUGGCCAACACUACGCCAAGGCUAUUCAAGCUGCGGAACGUAUGUUUAAACUGAAACCACCCGAUUGGUAUUUGAAAUCGACAAUUGGAAACAUACAGUUGAUCGAGAAGUUCCGCAGAAAGAAGGACGCGGAAGUUACGCCCGAAGAGCAAAUUUUCGAUAUAUACAUGGAAUUCUUUCUGGAGGCGACUAAACCGAAAGAGGACAAUGACACACGCUUUCGAUUUCCGGUAUUGAUAAUGGAACCCAGCAAAGAGUUCAUCACCAGUUACGUGUGUGUGAAUUUGGACGCAGAACCCAAGAAUCUUAGGAUCACGAAUAUUUGCAAGAAGAGUCUGCAAGGGCAAUGCACUCAAAUCCAUGAUUGGGAGUUUAGCGCAAACAACAUUAGAAGCGUGAGUUUUUACAAGCGAGACGAACGUUGCUUGUUACUCUAUGUGCACCACAAUUCGGACGACUUCCAAAUCUAUUUCCCAUCAAUGAUUUGCAGAUCUCGAUUCUACGAUUUGAUCCGCGAACUGACAAACCAGCCGGAAGGUUUGACUGAGCCGGAACCUCCAAAGGAAAUACGUUACGAGUAUGAAAAAGACGAAAAUGGUAAAAAGAUAAUAUUAGGCAAGGGCACUUACGGUAUUGUGUACGCUGCCAGAGAUCUUGACAAACAAAUACGGAUAGCCGUUAAAGAAAUACCCGAAAAGGAUCUCGGAGCCGUGCAACCGUUUCAUGAAGAGAUACAACUGCACUCAUUUCUGAGGCAUAAAAAUAUUGUGCAGUAUUUAGGUUCAAUCUCCGAAGAAAACUACUUCAAAAUUUUCAUGGAACAAGUUCCUGGCGGCUCGUUGAGUGCCCUGCUGCGCUCCAAAUGGGGCCCGUUGAAGAAAAAUGAGCACACCAUCGCCCAUUACACUAAACAGAUUCUUGAAGGACUGCGAUAUCUCCACGAACAAAAAAUUGUUCACAGAGACAUUAAAGGCGACAACGUUCUAGUCAACACUUACAAUGGUGUCCUAAAAAUAUCCGAUUUUGGUACGUCAAAACGCCUUGCGGGAUUGAGUCCCAACACCGAGACAUUCGCCGGCACAUUGCAGUACAUGGCACCUGAAGUCAUUGACAAAGGGCAGAGAGGCUAUGGAGCUCCCGCUGAUAUUUGGUCUUUGGGAUGUACAGUGGUUGAAAUGGCCACCGGGAAACCACCAUUCAUCGAAUUAGGAUCGCCUCAAGCAGCUGUUUUUAAAGUCGGCAUGUACAAACAACCGCCUCAAGUACCUGAAGAACUCUCCGACAGAGCGAAAAGUUUCAUCAAGCGCUGCUUUGAGCCAGAUCCGGACAAAAGAGCAACGGCUAGUGAACUGCUGGAAGAUCCAUUCUUGGGUGUUGAUCGCAAGAAGAGCAUCCGUCUAAACCCGGAGCUGAGUCGAAGCGUUUCAGUCCCCUACGAAAAGGUAGCUACACGAACAAUCACUGGUCGCUCCAGCGCUCCAAACCAGACUCCUACCACGCCGGAUUCCGAGGCUUUCAGUCGAAAAGUAUCCAGUCAUUAUCAUGGUGUUCUUCCCCAUAGACCGGGUCGUUCCAGUGCUCCCGGUCAGUCUCCCUCAACACCUGAGUAUGACUCUCAAACUCGAGGCAAUGCGUUACCCCCCAUCCAAAUGCCUACUUCAAACACUUACAACAGUCUUAUCAAUACUCCUUCCCUGGAUUUGGACGAGUCUCAAGACCUACCCGAACGACGUAAUUCCCAGGGAGCGCUCAUGUCUCCCGAAGCGGACGCCGCCAGCGAAACCGACGGCUUCUACCAUCUUAAAAAGGACUCCCAACGACGCCAAACUCUAACCAAAGUCCUCAGCAACGACGGCGCCAAGAUAUGUGAGGUCUGGAUGAAGAAGGUCAGGGAGAAGUCAGUGGGAGAGACUGUAAUCACGGCACAGCAUUUGCAAAAGUUGAUGGAUGGACUGCGGGCGUAUCUGACGGACUCUAGACUUUGCGUUGUGGAGAACACUGUCAAACUUCUUAAAGAAGAGCUGGAGUUUGACGGCGGUGCAAUUAAUCAACUGCAAUUCGCUAUUUAUCAAUUUCAGGAAUCUGUAAAUGAAGUCUUACGCCGACAACAAAUUAAACCACAUUGGAUGUUCGCCCUUGAUAAUUUAAUACGUUCUUGCGUAAUGGCUGCUAUAGAAGUGUUGUCGCCCGAAUUAGGUCAGAAUUUGGCUAACCACAGCUCACCAAGUACCGUCAAUUCAGAAAAAUCUGUUAAGAGCAACGAGAGCUUCGAUUGUCGCGAUCAGAUGCUUUUGUCCAGAGCAGAAUUAGUAAAACUGGAACAGGAAUACACCGACCUUAUUAAACGAUAUAGCGAAAUGAUGAGGCGUCAACUGGAGAUCUAUCCGGAAAAUCGAGAUACCCAUUUGUCUACAUCCAGAGACUCGGAAGAUCCUGUAGUUUCAGAAGAUCCUCGAUUGGGCAGUUGGUUGCAAGGGUUGGGCAUUCACGAGAGGGAACGAAAACUUAUAUUAUCCGAAGGUUACACCUUAGAAGAGGUUCUGUUUCAAAUUGACAGAGAUGACUUGAGGAGGAUUAGACUGAAGGGAGCGUCCGAAUUGAGAAUUUGGCGGGCAAUACUACAACACCGUCAAAAUAACGUUCUCUGCAAUGGCGAUGCGGAUGCCCCGGUAGGGACGGUUUAAUUUGAAGCUGUUUUUAUGUAGACGACUUGCUCAAUGUGAAUUUCUGAUUUGUGGAAUUUCAUCAUUUUGCAGACGAGUAAAGAGACGGGAUAAAUUCUUUCUAAUAGUCAUACACUAACAACUAAAUCCCUACGAUAUAAUUUUACAUCCGCUUUGUUAAUUCAUUAUAGUUCCUAUAAUAAUAAAUUUAAAAAGCAGCUUGGGAAGACUGUCUUCCGUUCUUAGCGAUUACGACAAAGCUUUUUAAAUGUAUUUAUUUUUAUAUUAGAAGUACUUAAGCUUAGCAAACCUGUCGACCGGAACUUCAUUCAUUGUGAGAAUAUUUGCAGAAUAAUGCAAUUUGAACUAAUCUGUGAUUUUAAUAAUUUGAAAUUAUAUAAACUGCUCGUGCAAUAUUUAUAUUUAAUUUAUGAGUCUAUUCUUUAUUUUCUUUUAUUCCAAAAUUGAUGUUUUAAGUUUUCAGUUUUAACGACGUUUCUUUUUUUAAUUAAUUUUUAAUUAACUCGAGUUGACAUCUUGAUUUUAUUAAUACAUUUUUUCAUAAAUCUGAGAUUAUUUUUUUAUAAUAGCUCGCAUUAAUUGAUGUAAUCUUAUGAAUAGAAAUAGUCUUAUUUUAAUUUCCACUAGCAGUCUCGUAGUGUCUUAAUUUUACAGUGCCUUGUAAACACGCUUCAAACUGGUGCCUUAAAUUUUCAUUCUUUUAUUUUAUUGAUAUUGAGAUAUUAUCUCAAAUCGAAUUUAUGGUUUAUUUAUAUUAAAUGAAAUUGUAAUUUGUCCUUAAAAGGCGUAGUUAUUGUUGUAUAUGAAUAUUUUAUAUAUGUUAAAAUUUCUCAUGUAUAUUUUGUAACAUGUUGCCGGUGAAACAUCACUUAUAAUAAAGGCUGGUAGAGAGAAGCAUAUUUUAUUAUCAAUAAACACUUUAAUCAAAUAAA